AUGGUGGAGAAAUUAAAUCUUAAAAUGAUGGAGCACCCACAACCUUACAAGCUCUCUUGGUUGCAAAAGGGGAAUGAGGUAAGGGUUAACAAAAAGUGCUUAGUUCAGUUUUCUAUUGGGCAAAAUUAUAAGGAUGAAAUAUGGUGCGAUGUCGUUCCCAUGGAUGCGUGUCAUUUGCUACUUGGGAGGCCUUGGCAAUAUGAUAGGAAAGUCGUGCAUGACGGGUUCAGAAACACCUAUACCUUUGAAAAGGAUGGAGUUAAGAUUGUUUUGGGUCCUAUGAAGUCAGGGAGCAGUCCAAAGCCAAUGAAAGUAGAUGGAAACAACUUAUUGACCAAGUCUGAGUUCUUGAUUGCUUUUGAAGAAAUUAAGGAAGCAUAUGCACUGGUGGUAAUGGAAGAGAAUGAAAUGAAGGUUGGGAUACCUCCUACAUUGCGCCCUUUGCUUCAAGAAUUUCAAGACGUCAUCCUAAAGGAAAUUCCAGCCGGGCUUCCACCAAUGCGGGAUAUCCAACAUUGCAUUGACUUCAUUCUCGGGGCCGUUAUUCCAAAUAAAGCAGCAUAUAGAAUGAACCCUAAAGAAUUUGAGGAGCUCCAGAGGCAAAAAGAUGACACUUGGCGUAUGUGUGUGGAUAGUCGAGCAGUGAACAAGAUAACCAUCAAAUAUCGCUUUCCUAUUCCUCGUCUUGAUGAUCUUCUUGAUCAACUCCAUGGUGCCACCGUGUUCUCUAAAAUAGACUUGCGAAGUGGAUAUCAUCAAAUUCGUAUGAGACCCAGAGUUGAAUGGAAAACUACUUUCAAGACAAGGGAUGGCCUCUACGAGUGGAUGGUAAUGCCUUUUGGGUUAUCUAAUGCUCCUAGUACUUUUAUGCGGCUUAUGAAUCAUGUUUUUAAAUCUUUUAUUGGACGAUUUGUGGUGGUGUAUUUUGAUGACAUUCUCGUCUACAUGGACGAUCUAAGGAGACAAGUGCAGCAACUGCAGCAGCGUCUAGAGCGCUACGAACCUCUGGAACAUGAUGAUCCCCAUUAUGAGUCAGAGAAUGAAGCAUCGGAUGGCGAAGAGGAGUACAACCCUUUUGGUCGUGAACAUGAUCGAGACUCAAGCAUUGAGAACAACCAUAGGCAUCAUGGAAGGAAUAAUUAUUUCCAGCAAAACUUUGGCAUCAAAGUUGACGUCCCUGAAUUUGAAGGCAAAAUGCAGCCAGAAGAGUUCAUGGAUUGGCUCAACACUGUGGAGAGAAUAUUUGAUUACAAGGAUGUGGCAGAAGAUCGCAGGGUGAAACUAGUAGCAAUCAAAUUGAAGAAACAUGCUUCAAUUUGGUGGGAACAUCUCAACAAACAGCGGGUUCGGGAAGGAAAGAGGCGGAUUGAAUCAUGGGAAAAGAUGAGAAGAGAAUUGAAGAAGAAAUUCAUUCCAGAAAACUACCGCCAAGAUUGUUUCCUCAAGUUUCAUAAUUUCAAGCAAAGUGAUGUGUCUGUGGAGGAGUAUACAACAGAAUUUGACAAAUUACGCAUGCUUUGCGACAUCAUAGAACCAGAGGAGCAAACAAUUGCUCGCUAUCUUGGGGGACUCCGCUCUGAGAUUCGCAACAUUGUACAACUACAGCCAUAUUGGUCUUAUGGGGAUGUUGAGAAAUUAUCUUUAAAGGUUGAAAAGCAGAUUAAGGAAAGCCGUGGUGGUACCUCAAGAUCUUGGCUCAAGGAGGGUAAUUCAAAUCGAGCACCAAUAGCUAUUGGAAAACCUGCCUCAGCUCCAAAAACAGAUGCCUUCUCAAAGCCAACCCGCAAGCAAGAAGGUUCAGCGAGCUCAAGUCGUUCAAACUCAGUUCGUUGUUUCAAGUGUCAGGGAUUGGGUCAUAUUGCAUCUGACUGCCCAAACCGCAAGAUAGUUUCGUUUGUAGAAGAAAAUGAGGAAGAAUUCAAUGAAGAAGUUGAUUUAAAUUUGGGUGAGGGACCAAGGUUUAUCAAAAAGAAAAUGACAGAAGCUCCUAUCCUAGUUCUACCAGAUUUUUGCAAGGUGUUCGAGGUGGAUUGUGAUGCUUCUAAUGUGGGAAUUGGUGCUGUCCUAAGUCAAGAAGGCAAACCAAUUGCUUUCUUCAGUGAGAGGUUGACUAACUCUCGCACGAGAUAUUUGACUUAUGACAAAGAAUUUUAUGCAAUUGUAAGGACCCUGGAUCAUUGGCACCAUUAUCUCAUAUCACAAGAAUUUAUUCUAUAUUCCGAUCAUGAAGCUUUGCAAUUUAUUAAUGGCCAACACAAGCUGAAUCGCAGGCAUGCUCGAUGGGUUGAAUUUCUGCAAGCAUACACAUUUCACAUUAGGCACAAGUCAGGAAAACAAAAUCAAGUGGCUGAUGCGCUCAGUAGGCGACAUUCUUGCUUGAGUACCAUGCAAACAAAAGUGUUGGGAUUUGAAGUGAUUAAAGAACUCUAUGAGGAUGAUGCUUUUUUCAAAGAAAUUUGGUCUGAGUGUUCUAUUAGGCCACGUGGCCCAUACUUGCUGCAAAAUGGGUUUCUUUUCAAAGGAGUUCGUUUGUGUAUUCCUGAAUGCUCUUUAAGAGAUCUUCAUGGCAUUCCGAAGACAAUUACAUCUGACAGAGAUCCUAAAUUUGUUGGCCAUUUUUGGCGGACCCUUUGGAGGAAGCUGGGCACAACCUUACAAUUUAGUUCCUCCCACCAUCCUCAAACGGAUGGACAGACUGAAGCAGUCAAUCGGAGCUUGGGAAAUCUCUUAAGAAGUUUGGUGGGUAAAAAUAUUCGCCAAUGGGAUCAAAUUUUAGCACAAGCUGAAUUUGCUUACAACCGCUCGACAAGUCAAUCUACUGGUUCUAGUCCCUUCAUGGUGGUUUAUGGGAGCAAUCCAAUAAGUCCCCUGGACUUAGCGCCACUACCUACAAGCUAUCAGUUUAGUGGAGAUGCAGAAGAGCAAGCUAAAAAUAUCAAAAAGCUUCAUGAACAAGUGCGAGAGCACAUCAUCAAACAAAAUGAGAAGUAUCAAAGGCAAGCUAACAAGCAUAGGAAGCCAGCUGCGUUUAAAGAAGGAGAUUUGGUAUGGAUUCAUCUUCGCAAAGAGCGGUUUCCUCGGGGCAAGCAUGGAAAGUUGAAACCACGAGCUGAUGGCCCAUUUAAAGUACUCCGGCGUGUAGGGGAUAAUGCUUACAAGAUUGAACUCCCAGGAAAUUAUGGAGUAUCAGCAACCUUCAAUGUGGCAGACCUUUCUCCGUAUCAUGGCAGUGAAGACGAAGAGAACUCAGGGACGAGUUCACGCGCAGCGGAAGCGUAUGACACCGAAUCUGACCUCCUCUAA